CAGCAUUCUGUGCAAGCAAAGCUAUAUGAACAUGACAAUUCUCAACCUCUUCAGGGAAAUCAGUCUCCUCUCACCAUGACGCUCUGCGUAAAUAACACGAACCAUCUUUCUCCUUAACCAAAAUGAUGACUGUUCCACCUCCACCCCCUUACAUGCUCAGCGGCUCUCCCCCAUCCUACGACGAGGUCGCCAAAAAGGUCGACAGCCUGGUCGGCAGCAAUCCUAGCCCAGCCAAAUAUCUCGACGCAGCCACCUCCCUCACCGAAGAGGAGCGUGCCGUUCUCCAAGCCGGAGCUGAAGAGCACAACCCCAUCAAGACAGAUGAGGACAAGAAGAAAUACACUCUCGGGGCUGCUCAGUCACUCUCCACGGACGAAGCCAAAGCCAAGCUCAAAGAGGAGGCUAACACGGCCAAUAAGGCUGCCAGAGACAUCGAGGACGUUUUCACCUCGCUAUCACUGAAGAUUGCGGAGAUCGAUAAUGUUCACCAGUCGAACUUUGCUCCUACUUUGAAAAAGCACAGGGAUGACUAUCGCAAGGUGCUUGAUUCCAGUCGGAUGCUUGCGGCGGAUAUUAGCCAGUACGGCGCGAGUUUCGAUGCAAUUAUUGUUAAGUUUUGUGCUGAUCAGAACUACACCGUGGACCAGCGCAAGGAAAGAAUUAAUUCAUUCAUCGACAAAGCAACGAGCUACCAACAACAAGCCGAAAAUGUGAAGUCAGACUUCCAGACACUUGUGGACAAUUUUGCCGGUUUUGUUGCCACAUUCGGGGACUGGGCCAAGGACAAGGAAGGGGAGCUAACCAGCGAGAUCAAGAAGAUUAAUGAAGAUCUGGUUGACUUGAACAAAACGCUGGGUGAUCUCUACAUCGCGCUGAUGGCGCUCGGAGGAGCGCUUGCCGUCGGGCUGCCCGUUAUAGGCGUUGGAGCCGUUAUGGCAGGGCCAGCGGCACCGCUUGUUAUCAUCGGAGGGUUGAUCUUCUUUGGAGCGUCGGCUGCUGCAAUUGCUGGAAUUGCUAUCUCUAUUGGUGUCAUCCAAGGCCAAAUCCGGAACAAGACGGCGCAAAGAGACAAUCUUCAGGCCCAGAUUGAACAAAUCCAGCAGACCCGCCAGGCACUUCAACAGCUUGGAGAAGAGAAGUAUACGGUGUUGUCCACUAGCAUUAAGACCCUCUCCAAUUAUUGGACCUACACCACGGCGCAGGCUCAAACUAUCAAGGGUUGGCUGGACGAUGGGGCUCAAUGGGCGGAUAUUCCGGAAUAUAUGGAAAUGUAUCUUAAUCAUGGGGUUCGAGUUUACGCUUCCCUAAGCGAAUAUCUUGAUGCUUAUGCAAAGGGUAUCACCACGAUUGAGUAGCCAUUUGGACGUACGCUACGAAGGUUUUGAUGUUGUGAUGAUCAGGGUGCGGUUCGGUGGAAUGUGGCGGGCGGUCCUCGGUCGUCCGUCCUUCGGGAUAGUACUGCGUUAGUGUGUAGUUAGCAUUUGCGAAAUUUUGCACUCUCUGAGCUGUUAUGGCCCAAAAUAUCGGAAAUGCUCUCUUACU